AAAAUGUACAAACUUUGAAACAAGAGCGAUAAGGUGCCGAAAGAGUGUAUUAAGAACCAAGAAAGUUGAGAACUCUUCAUCAAGAGCAAUUUUGAAGCUGAAGAGAACCUUUCAGAUGAUUUCCUGAGCGAGAAAGUCUCUACUUCUGAUGUGAAGAUCUCUGACAAACUUAUUAACAAUAUGUCCCAAAAUCCAUUUAAAACUAAAAAUCAACCAAAGUUGGGGGUAGAAUCUCUGAUUCCUAAUUCACUACCAAAAGAAUCUCUUUCCAAAUCGAAUAAAUCCUGCUUAGGCGCAACUAAAGACCAGACAACCACUAAACCACCCCCUCCAAAAAUGCUCAGAGAGCUAAAGAAGUUCAGAGGAGGGCAAAAAUUUAGUUCGCAACAAUACUCUUCCAAACCACUAUCGAACCCCACCAAGAAGCCUACUCUAAAGCAAGAUAUCACCGAUCUACUAAAACAAGCUAUGAAAAUCCGCCAAAACACCACCUCUUCCAAAGAAGCAAAGAAUUCUCAACCGGCAAAAACCAGUAACUAUGAGAGACAUCGAAAAGCCCUAAAACUCCUAUAUUCCCCUUCUGCCUUGGAACCGGUCCAUAACCUUAAUUAUUCUGAUAAUUCUUGAUUACUUUGAAUGGGGGUUUAUCUUAAGCUUAGAGAAGAAUCUGGUCUCCAGGUGUUGACCCAAGCUGGGCUCAGAGGAGGAGAAAUUGGGAAUUUGUACAGGGAAUAGGCCAAUAAAGGGAAAUUUUAAGGGAUUUAUGAAACAGAGGGGGAUUUUAAGAAAGGGGAUGAAAAUUAUAAACCUCCAGGCUGCAUAAACUUACAAGUCAAUGGGAGUUCUAAACAUCAGAGAAAAUAAGGUUCAGAGACAUUAGUUUAUUUGAAACAAAAUUUGAACAGUUCAAACUCUAUAUCAACUAUGAAAUUUGGACCGAUAAGUGGAAUUUAGCUGAUUUUAAGCAGUUUUCAUACACAUAAUCUGGGUAUCUAACAAGUUAAUUUGCCAUGAAUUGGUACUAGUUAU